AUGAAGGACAAGGCCACCAGGACGAAGGCUGGCAGGUUAAAGCUUGAGUCGCGAUUUCCCGUGAGUGAAUUAGACGUGCCCAUGUUGCCUAAGAAUGUGCGUUGGCAAUUGUUUGGCAACGAACCCAAGAAACCCAAAAACGCGCGCAUGGUGGCCGCAGCAACACGCCAUCUGCAAGGCCACGACUUGCUGAAGCAACGCAUGCCUGAAGCUACAGGCGAGGAGGAGAAGGUCGCGUUAGUGGAGAAGCUGAGUCAGAUUCCGCUGGAGGGCAGUGACAUUGAGAAACACUACGAAACGAUCGGCAGUGCUGUGGCGAGUCCGUACUGGGAUUGGGCUCUGGAACUGAUGAACGCCACUUUGCCCCCAAAGCCCCCCAUCUGGCGUGUACAAAGUGGCUGGACUCGCUAUACAGUGGAUGAUCCGCAGGGUGUGCCGGUUGUUGCUCCGCUGGAGGCUGUGACAGUGUUUGAUGUCGAGACACUCAUUGAUGAGCAUGGCACCUAUCACUUCCCCACAAUGGCUGUGGCAGCGUCCACUGACGCAUGGUAUUCAUGGUGUAGUCAACGGCUGGUGGGUGUGCCUGAUGCGCCAGCCAAUGAGCUGAUUCUCUUUGCAGUGUCUGAGGCUGCGGGUGGCCCUGUGAGUGGUAAGCGGUUGAUAGUGGGCCACAACGUCAGCUUUGAUCGCAGUAAGAUUGCCGAGGAGUAUCAUCUGCAGGGCACCAACACUCGGUUCCUUGACACACUGUCCAUGCACAUGUGCUACAACGGAAUGAGCAGUGGCCAGCGCCAAGUGUGGCAUGGCAUGCAGAAGACACCCGAUUCACGCAAGAACAUCUGGACACGCGAGACCUCCACCAAUGGCCUAGGCGAAGUAUACAAACUGUACAUGGAGAAGCCCUUGGAUAAAUCAGCGCGUGACGUCUUCACCACGGGAACACUUGACGAGGUACAGAGGGAUGUGCAGAGUCUGUUGACGUACUGUGCGUGUGACGUGCAGGCGACCUUUGAUGUGUACAGCGUCAUUGCGCGCAAUUGGCUGCCCACCAUUGGUACGGUCACCUUUGCCGGCAUGCUGGAGAUGGGAUCUACCUAUCUACCCGUCUCAGACAAUUGGUAUGGUUUUGUGGGAAUGGCAGAUCAACAGAUGAAGAAGCGAAUGGACGAGGUCAAUGAGAAUCUGAUCAAACUAGCCUAUCUGCUGCUGGAAAAGUAUCCAGACUUUGCUGAGAACCCGCCCACUGACGACGAGCAUGUCAAACACUUGGACUGGAGUCUGCCCAAAGGCACGCUGCGGCGAAAGACUCUGCAGCACCGUCCACAGUGGUUCAGAGAUCUAUGCAAGACACCCGGCUCAGCAGAACCUGUCAUCACCACACGCACACGUGUGGCUGCGUAUCUGCUGCGGCUGCUGUGGAAUGGUAAGCCUCUGAUGUUUCAUCCCACCAAACGCUCAUGGGGCUACACCGACGCCAAAGGCGACUUCCACAAACUACCCCACGCCAAGGGGGAUGGAUCUAACGUAGGCAACCCCAUGGCCAAGAAUUUCUUGGCAGACAUUGAGUCGGGUGUGUUGACAUCGGAAUAUCCGGAAGCCAAAGAGGCUCUGCGGAAGGCAACGGAGUGUUCUUACUGGAUCAGUGCGCAGAGUCGCGUGAAGAAGCAGAUGGUGUACCGAGACCCCACCACUGGCACCAAUGUGAUCAUCCCAAUGCUGCUGAGUGCAGGCACAGUCACCCGCCGGGCAGUAGAGGCUACCUGGCUCACAGCCAGCAACACCAAGAACGACCGCGUGGGGUCUGAGCUGAAGGCGCAGGUGAUUGCGCCCGAGGGCUACCAACUGGUGGGCGCAGAUGUGGACUCGCAGGAGCUGUGGAUAGCAGCCGUCAUAGGCGACGCUCAUUUCUGUGGCCUGCACGGAUGCACCGCAAUGGGGUGGAUGGCACUGCGAGGGCAGAAAUCCGAUGGGACUGAUGUGCAUUCGCGCACCGCCGCUCUGGUGGGCAUUGAUCGCAACACAGCCAAGAUUUUCAACUACGGCCGCAUCUAUGGCGCAGGUCAGAAAUUUGCAAAGCAACUGCUGCUACAGAACAACCGCACUAUGACGGACGAAGAAGCCGAUCGAAAGGCUCAAUCGCUAUACCUCAACACCAAGGGCACUCGCUUACUGAAGAUCUCGCCUGAAAUUGCACGGAAGAUCAAAUUCCAACGACCGGAUUUGGAAAUUUACGGCGACUGGGUACCGUUGAGCACCCUAAAGAGCUAUUUCACACGUUUCCGGAAAUUCGAGCACGAAGCGCUGGCGGCUGAGUGGCGAUUUGGCACUGAGUCGCACAUGUUCAACGCUCUCGAAGGCAUUGCAAAGGCAGACAAUCCCAAAACACCAGUACUAGGAGUGGACAUGAGCAAAGUGCUGUCGACCAGUUCAGUGGGGCGAGAGUAUCUUCGCAGUCGCGUGAAUUGGGUGGUGCAGUCGUCAGCUGUUGACUACCUACACCUCAUGCUGGUUACCAUGAAGUACCUGUGCCAUGCAUAUAAGAUAGAUGCCAGGUUCAUCAUUUCAAUACACGACGAGGUACGCUACAUAUGCAAAGAAGAGGACUCCGAUCGAAUGGCCCUCGCGUUACAGACAACCAAUUUAUGGGUCAGAGCCAUGUUCUCCAAGAGAUUAGGAUUCGAUGACUUGCCGCUGGGCGUAGCGUUCUUCGAGGCAGUUGACUUGGACCGUGUCUUAAGAAAAGAGGUUGACAUGGACUGUUUGACGCCGUCCAAUGACGUUGCCAUCGCCCAUGGGCGCACAAUGGACAUCUAUGACAGUGUCAGGUGCACCAAUGGGUCUCUCCUACCUACAGGUGAACCCCGGCCCCCUACUUUAACACCGGAAUGGCUGACCACCUCAGUCAAACACGGAUACGGAAAAACAAGCAGGCAACCGACAUCGUGAGACUUCCACGCAGUACAUCCCAUAUCAUUCACACUUUAUGGAAAUGGAAUAUAUUAAUCAUUAGUUAGAACACUACGUAGUACUCAGAAAACAAGAAAAUAGUAUCAUGUAUAAUUUAGAUCAAAGUCCGCUUAGGAGGUAGGUGGGCGAAACUAGCCCACCAACACCAUAGUGGCACACAAUGAACACCUCAGUGUCAUGCCUGAUACAUCCUAGUGGCGUAGUGCAUGCUGUCUAAGCGCUGUGGACUAUAUGAUGGCGCCAUGGAUGAACACUCCGAGCUAUUUUCGCACCAGAAUUGACACGAAGGACUAUAAGGCACAACAAUGCACAUCGUAUGAACACAUAUUGGUUCAGGUGCAAUCGGUGUACACUCAGUGGAUUCUUUCACUUUAGAAACAAUAGAAUGACCAAGCAUGAGGAAAAACUCGUGAUUUGGGUAACCUAGAAUCGUAGAGAGACAAUAAAAAUCAAUACAACUGU